AUGCGCAGCAGUCGGUGGGGGCGUCUACGUGAGGAAGUGUCGGAGUCCCUCUUUAUAUUCGCAGAGGUUUCCCGGGCGUGCAACACAAUUACUCAGAAGUUUCACGACGUGACAGCGCGUGCAGAGAUGUCGUGUCACUUCAUUACGGAAUCGAUACGUGACACGGUGCACGACUGGGAAUACGACCAGCUUCGCCAUUUAGCACAUGACUUCAUUGGAGCCAGGUCC